AUGAGCGGCCAUUUUUCGUUCAGACCGUCGCCGGACAACGUCACCGACUUUCAGCCGGACCGCGACGACGCGCCGCAGCAGCCGCCGCCGCCGCCGCCGUCGUCUUCGACCGCCCGCGCGCGAUACGUCUACGGAAAUCCGACGGCUUCGGCGUGUUCGGUCCGACCGCCGCCGCAGGUAACAACGAUGCUAUGUUAUAAAUAUUGAGGUGGCUUCGCACGUAAGUCGCAAGCUUGUCAAUCGCGCGGACACGAUCUUCUUGUACAAACACGCGCAGUUUUCCUCUGGCACCACACGGUACGAGUGUGCUUUUGAAAAGCAAUGUCCCCCCCCCCGUUCGUGUCUCGAACGCGUCGAGUCCGGACGAUGCCGCGCUCGAUUUAGCAGCUUUUGCUUACGUUUUAAAAACGGAAAAAUUGAAGAAGAAACGUGCCACGUGGUGGUGUAA